UGUUACUCCAACAGCUGCUAGGUUUAAAGGUCUCCCGAGUACGGGUUUAGGUUUGGUUAUUUCAUUCACAAAGGCGGUGGUGUGAUGCGUGGGCAUAUGGAACACGGAGGAGACAUUGGGUGCGCCUAACAUGCUUCCAAGUUCCCAGCACGUCAAAUUAAUCUUGAUGGAAAAUGGGGCCCGCCGUUCCUGUCCGGAACUUGUUGCUCACACCUCAUGCUCAGCUCCAUGCCUGAGAGUUUCUGAAGGAGUCUCAGCGCGGAGUUAUCUGCACCAUCAUGACGAAGGCUCAGUUCUCAAGUGGCUCAUGUGAAUAUAAUAGGUUCACUGAAUGGAACGAUGAUCGAGCAGGCGACCAAAGACGCUUGAUUCACCCUGGCUCUUCCGGCUUAUCUUCUCUGGCCCUCGUUUACCUAGUUACCAAUAUCGAAGCAGAAUUGACGGAGCGAGUCGCUUAGUUGAGUUUGUCCGAACUCUGUCUUCAUUGUCUUCAGCUAUAGGAUCUCUUCCGUAAAUUAAGCACACUGAGGGCGGUGCUGGUGAUGUACUUGCACUCUGUCGUUCUGUCAUAGCAACUUCACGUACCAAAAGUGAC